AUGGGGGCCGACGAAGCGAAGAAAGCUGACGGCCAUGUAGACACGGACAUUGAAAUGGAAGGCGAUAGCUCGAGCGACAAGAACGCCGCAACCCCUGAAACCAGAGAACGCUUGCUGGAGACAGCUCAAUCCAGCACCAAGACGGACGCAGUGGCCACUUUGGAUGAGGCAAAACCUGUUGCGUACAAGGCAAGCAAACCCAUCCCGGUCCAGCUACAACAAAAGCGCGCACGCGCCAACACUGAGGCUGAACUGCAAGAAGUUGCGCCCCGGAACCAAGGCGAUGGGAGGCCACUUCGCGAAAGAGACGCUGCUACCCAUGAGCAGCAUCGGCGCGUACUUAAGCAACUUUCAGGAAGAAGACAAAAGAAAAUAUUGCGUCAAGGCUCCAAAACGCAAGAGUGCUCAGUGGCAUCUCUGUCGCCAACCAAACAACAGGCCGCGGAGCCGAAAGCGCUAAAGCAACAAUCUCUUUUUGACGCUUUUGCCGGUGAACGGGACGCACCGCAUCUACCUUCUGAAGAUGAGGUGAAUAAGGGGACGGAUCUGGAGAAGACGGAGAUGGAUAGUGGGCCGACACCUUCGGUCCUCAUGGAAACGCAAGAUGAAGAUGAAGACGUGGAAUGCGUGGGUGAAAAUCUAACCGAGACAAAACGCGAUCUCCAGGUAUGGCUCAACGCGAUUGGGGGAAGAUCACGGACGUAG